ACCCGCAUCCUCCUCCCUCCCACUCGGCGCAAUUCUCCUCCCAAUUCCCUCCACCAUGCCCAUGGCGCCGCGCCAUCUCUGAUCCUUCCUACCCACCUCCACCACCCUCCAGCUGCCCCCUCCAUCUCCCUCCUUUGAAAAUGGCAAUGCUGGUGGAUCCUCCGAAUGGCGUGGGAAACCAAGGGAAGCAUUACUACUCUAUGUGGCAAACCUUAUUCGAGAUCGAUACCAAGUAUGUGCCGAUCAAGCCCAUCGGCCGAGGAGCUUAUGGAAUAGUUUGCUCGUCCAUCAACCGCGAGACGAACGAGAAAGUAGCGAUAAAGAAGAUACAUAAUGUAUUCGACAACCGUGUGGACGCACUGAGGACCUUGCGGGAGCUGAAACUCCUUCGGCAUCUCCGCCAUGAGAAUGUUAUUUCAUUGAAGGAUAUAAUGAUGCCUAUACAAAGGAGGAGCUUUAAGGAUGUGUACUUGGUUUAUGAACUCAUGGAUACCGACCUGCACCAGAUAAUCAAAUCACCCCAGGGGCUUUCCAAUGAUCACUGCCAAUAUUUUCUUUUUCAGUUGCUUCGAGGACUGAAAUAUCUCCAUUCAGCAGAGAUACUCCACAGAGACCUAAAGCCUGGGAAUCUACUGGUGAAUGCAAACUGUGAUUUGAAGAUAUGUGAUUUUGGUCUUGCACGCACAAACAGUAGUAAAGGCCAGUUUAUGACUGAAUAUGUCGUCACCCGCUGGUAUAGGGCUCCUGAGCUGCUGCUUUGCUGUGACAACUAUGGCACUUCCAUCGAUGUUUGGUCUGUUGGCUGCAUCUUUGCUGAGCUACUUGGCCGCAAGCCUAUUUUUCCAGGGACGGAGUGCCUAAAUCAGUUAAAGCUGAUAGUCAAUGUUCUUGGCACCAUGAGUGAAUCUGAUCUAGAGUUCAUCGACAACCCAAAAGCUCGCAGAUACAUCAAGACACUUCCCUACACUCCUGGUGUUUCCCUUGCAAGUAUGUACCCACAUGCACACCCUCUCGCCAUCGAUCUGUUACAGAAGAUGCUCAUCUUCGAUCCUACCAAAAGGAUUAGCGUCACACAGGCCCUCGAGCACCCUUACAUGUCUCCUCUGUACGACCCAAGUGCAAACCCUCCCGCGCAAGUGCCCAUCGACCUCGACAUAGAUGAGAACAUCAGUGCAGAGAUGAUCCGGGAAAUGAUGUGGCAGGAGAUGCUUCACUACCAUCCUGAAGCUGCAGCAGCAGUAAGCAUGUGACGAUCUUCAAGUGCCCCGGGAAGAACCCGACAGGCUCACUUACUUUUUUCCCUUGAAAAGCCUAGUGCGAUUAUCGCAUGUAUUAAGUAACCACGACGUGCAGUGUGGAGAGAGUUAUCUCUGUGUAGAUAUGCAGUGCGAUAAGAACCGCAUAUGGAUAGUUCUUGUUAUGGACCAUUACUUGGUGUAUGUAAGCAGUUGACUGUUGUGUUGUAUGAGUUGAUGAAAGUACUGUUGGACUGAAUCAGUAAAUGUUGAUUUGGUAGUGUA